GGUUUUUGGCAGAAUUUCAGUGGUAGGACAAAAAAACAUGGGACAUCUUAGCUUUUAUGGCCAAAAAUAGGAUUAAUAAAGCAGAUUUUUUUCAAAUUUUCAACCGGUGAAAUUCCGGUAUUGUCCGGGCCGGUUGAUUUUCCAAACCGGUCCGGUCCGGCCGGACCGGUACCGGACGACCGGGCCGGUUCCAGCGCUGUCAUGUAGGGUCUGAGUGUGGGUAUGAAUAUAUCAUGUCGGUGUGUCGUACACUCACACCCUAAUACUGCCUGUAUUUGAAUAAGAGAACAAAGAGAUUAAAACAAAACGUAAUAGAACAUACAUAUGUCGAAGAAAAGAUGUAUUAAAUUACAUAUAUUAGCGUACACUGUUUGAUUCUACAGGUGUGCUCUCUAUGGUAUCAAUAGAAAUAUUCGAUAUAUAUAUAUGAUUUAUUUUGAUUGUCAAUAUAUCUUUUGUGGUCUUAUAAAUUUAGAUACGUAAUCAUCUCUCUUGGAUCGAUACUCGACAACAUGAACAAAUCGAUUUUAAUAAUGAUACAAAUGAAGAAUGGUCUAAUUUAAUUCAAUUAUUAAAUCAUACUACUGUUUUUGGUUAUGUGCUUGGAUAUCCACUUAUUUAUUUUUAUUCAUCAACAUUAUUAAUAAAUAUUACUACGUUAAAAAACUUUCGUUUAUAUGUUAAAAUAAAUGAUUACAACGAUGAAAUAUUACUUUAUUCAUUUUCAUGUCCUAUUCAUUUAAAUAUAGAUCAAAAACAAAUUGAAUUUACUAUUAAUAAUUUCUUUUCGUCCUUAUCUAUGAAAAUGAAUGCAAAUCCUAUGAUAAAAGGUUAUCAUCUAGACAAUCAAAUCAAAGAGCAAUCAAUCUGGUGUCUCUGA